AUGGCGCCUCAUUCUAGGCUGCCGUUCGUCUUCAACACCCUCUUUACCAUCUUUCUUCUACCAUCACUGGUGACUCUCGUUUUUGGCCAUGGGAUCAAUCACGCCGAAGCCCAUCGCCAGAUGAAAAACAUCAGACAAGCAGAAGCAAACAGUGUCCACGUUCCAGUAAAUGGAACGACUGAACCACGCCUGGGUAACUCGACUUCGGGGGAUGCUGCUACUCUUGUUGCUGCUGCUCUAGAUGCUCUUGCAGUACGCAACAGGUUGCGCCUAGACAAUCCGAGGUUCAACAGUUAUGAAGUCUUACCAGCCGAUAUCCCGAGCGCGAACAAACCCACAGGUGACAACACUGUCCCCUCGAUAUUGGAAUUUGCCAACGUCACAUCUAACAGCACUUUGACAAAACGAGCGCUCAACUCGACAGGCCCAAUUAGCGAAGAAGCCAAUCCCGACGGUGGUUACAAAUACAGUGUGCCAGCAGAGCUUGUAGAAGCCGCUCGUAUCCUCGCUGAGUCGACACCGCAACAUGUUUCGACCGGCAAUCAGAGCGACGUCGCCUCGAAGAUCAAGGCUAAGUAUGCCCUGAAAGUCAACGAUACUAAUGCGAUGCCUGCCUCUUUCGCCAUGACGGAAAUGCCAUCCAUACUUCCUGUUUCUUCUAAUGGCACGACUUCUCUUGAGUCUGGUGGUCUAAAGAAACGAGCGUCCAAGUAUUGGAUGGCCAACAUGCAACAGCUAGGCUCUAGCCCCUUCGCACCCAAGGAUUACAAGGUUUGGAGAGACGUGCGCGACUAUGGUGCAAAAGGUGAUGGAGUCACCGACGACACGGCUGCCAUCAAUCGCGCCAUCUCUGAUGGCAAUAGAUGUGGUGCCAACUGUGGCUCGAGCACUAUCCACCCAGCUGUCGUCUUCUUCCCCGCAGGAACAUACCUCGUCAGCAGUUCAAUCAUUCAAUAUUACAACACACAGCUACUAGGCGAUCCAAUUGAUGUUCCGACUAUCUUGGCUGCUUCGAGUUUUGUUGGCCUCGGUGUCAUUACCUCCAACCAGUACAUUGGACCAGGUCCUACUGACGAAUGGUAUGUUAAUCAGAACAACUUCCUGCGAAGUGUGAAGAAUUUCAAGAUGGACAUCACGCAAACACGCUGGGAUGCGUACGUAUGUGCAAUUCACUGGCAAGUUGCUCAGGGUACCUCCUUGGAGAACAUUGAGAUGCACAUGUCUUUCGAUGAGAAUACUACACAGCAGGGAAUAUAUAUGGAAAAUGGUAGCGGAGGCUUCAUGAGUGACCUGACCUUCGUUGGCGGAAACUUCGGCGCCUACUUUGGAAACCAGCAAUUUACAACAAGCCAUCUGGUGUUCGUCAACUGCAAAACCGCUGUGCAAGUACACUGGGACUGGGCAUGGACGAUGCAAGACAUUGUUGUCGAGUCAUGCAAAACAGGUAUUGUGAUAGUAGGAGGUGCUGGGGGUGUCGGAAGCACAGGUCAAGCUGUGGGGUCUCUUGUCCUUGUCGACGCUGUGAUCGCCAACACGCCUACCGGAAUCAUCACCACACUGUUCAAGGAGAACUCCACAUCUCUUCUUCUUCAAAACGUAGGUUUCUUCAAUACGAAGACCGCGGUAUACGAAGAAGCUGCAAAGAAAGAUCUUCUGGCUGGCGGUAACGAAGUGAAGGUUGAGUCUUGGGGAUUCGGUAUGCUCAACACGCCUGAUGGUUCAACUUUUGUCAACGGCCAGAAUAUCCCCGCCGUCAAGCGACCAGACAUACUCCUUAGCCCAGACAUGGCAUAUGCCGGCCCCAACCUCUACACAAGAAGGCGACCAAAGUACCUCGACAUCGGCUCCACUCAAGUACUCAACGUGAAAGCUCUUGGGGCCAAAGGUGACGGCAAGACGGACGACACUAACACCUUGAACGGUAUCUUGGACUUGGCUUCCAGAACUUCGUCUGUAGUGUACAUUCCGUUUGGAGUUUACAUCGUCAAAGACACCCUCAAGAUCCCGACAGGUUCGCGAAUCGUCGGCCAAGCAUGGGCACAGAUUAUGGGAACAGGAGCAAACUUUGAGGAUGCUUCGAAGCCCAGGCCUGUAGUCAUGGUUGGUUACAGAGGCGAGGUAGGUAGCGUCGAAAUCCAGGACAUGCUUUUUACUGUUUCAGGACCCACGGCCGGCGCUGUGGUAGUGGAGUGGAAUACGCGCGAGUCCAGCCAGGGCUCAGCUGGUUUGUGGGAUUCGCACAUCCGUGUUGGAGGAGCGAUAGGAUCGAAGCUGCAGAAGAACGACUGCCCUAAGUUGACCGGCACUAUCAACAAAAACUGCAUCGCGGCUUCCAUGCUCCUGCACCUGACGCCUCAGUCAUCCGCAUACGUAGAAAAUUCGUGGAUCUGGACGGCCGACCACGACUUGGAUAUUGUUUCGCAGGAUCAAAUCGACAUUUAUGUCGCCCGGGGUGUUCUGGUCGAGUCUCAGGGCCCGACUUGGCUUUACGGGACAACUUCCGAGCACAAUGUUCUAUACCAAUACCAAUUCUCCAACGCCAAGAACAUUCUAAUGGCUAUGAUUCAAACGGAAUCCCCAUACUUCCAGGAUGUUCCUAGAGCCCCGGCGCCAUUUCAGCUUGGCGGCUUCAGCAACGAUCCUUCGUUCUACGACUGCUCUAGUAGCUCAUCCAAGUGUGCCGUAUCGUGGGGCGUACGCAUCAUUGACUCUGAGCAGGUACACGUCUUAGGUGCCGGUCUUUACAGUUGGUUCUCCAGGUAUUCACAAGACUGUCUCAAGACAGAAGACUGUCAAGAUCGCGUCUUUGAGAUUGACCAGAGCACCAACGUCUGGAUCUACAAUCUCUGCACCAAGGCUGUUCGCGAGAUGGUCAGUCCCGUCAAGAGCAAGGCUACCAUGGCCAAAGACAACCAAAACGGAUUUCUCUCUUCCAUCCUUGCCUGGGUGCGCAACGGUACCAUCGGAGAGCGCGAUUUCCCCGGAUUCACCCUGUACAAUGCGACUCAAGACGAGGACAUGCUCGAUGGUCUUUCUGAGGGAUGCAAGACGGCAUUGACAGGAAUCAUCAAGUGUGACUACUACGCUACACGCUUUCGCGAGCUGCGAUACCGAGGCGCUUUGGAAAGCAAAAAUCUGACGGAUUCAGUCUGCGACAAGGGCUGCGGCCGAUCGCUCAAAGCUUGGUUCGACACUGUAACUUUAGCUUGCGCAGGGGCUAAAGUGAACGACGCCAUCCCUAAUCGCUCUGGUGGCAUCGUUUGGGCAGGUUGGAACGAGACGUGCCAGGUGGACUCUGGUUCGGAACAAUACUGCGGAGAUGUCAUGAACAACUUCAAGACGGUGUACGACAUCAAGGAUAUGCCGCGAAAUGAGCUGUGUUCAUACUGUCACGUAGAGAGGCUCCGAAUGAUGCAGUCAAGUGCCUACUCGACCUACGACGAGGAUUGGCAAACGGACUUGAAGUACGUCUACUCAACCUGCGGCCUGAGUGGACCCACUGCAGUUCCUUCGCCUCUCGUGGUAGUUGAGCCUGAGGCGCCCGGUCUCUGCAUAUCGGAUCAGGUCUACACAGCUAAAUCGGGAGACACAUGCGACUCGAUUGCGCUCGCAAACAGCGUCGCAUCGGCAGCGCUGAAAAUGGCCAACUCGAAGCUAUACGGAUGCAACGACAUAAAAGCAGGCGAGGAACUCUGUCUCCCUCUGACUUGUCCCAAACUGUACACCCUCCAAAAGGACGACUCGUGCGUUUCCAUCGAGAUGGCCCAGAACCUGACGCUGGGCGAUGUCAGACGCUACAACCCGUGGCUGAACCUCGACUGUCCAAACCUCCACGUCGCAACGCCUGUGUUGGGGAGUGUCCUCUGUCUGGGGCCACAGGGCGCCAAUGUCACCACAACCGCCACGCUCCCCAGUGGCCCCACAGCAGCACCCGCGCCAGGUGACGGGUACACAGAUGUCCCCGUCGAUCCGCCCAAGGGCGCAACUGUUGCUGAGGGUACUACACUGCGCUGCGGACGAUGGUUCGUGGUUACCGAUGCGGAGCAGACAUGCACGAGCAUGUGUGUCCAAAAUGGCAUCACGUCGGAGCUGUUUUUGGCGGCCAAUCCGUCCCUCAAAGCAGCGGAUUGCUCGGCCUCGCUCGAGAUGAGCAAGGCGUAUUGUGUCGGGCCCGUCUGGCAAUGGCAAUCCGAUCCUAUUACGAGUAUGCCGGAGCUGACUUCGACUGCUGUGCCGCAGCAGACUCGAUCCGCUAGUGGUAUCUAG